UUUGCUUUGCUUGCUUUGCUUCUGAUCUGUUGAUUUUUUUCUUUUCCUCCUGUAAUCGGAAACAAUGCCUAUAGAAGGGAUCUUUCUCUCUGCCUCAGUCAAAUUGCUGUUUGAGAAGAUGUCCUCUUUUGUGUCCUCCAAAUUACCCACCUUUGAAGGUAUUGGUACCCAGCUGAGCAAUUGGACCAAUAUGCUGCGCCAAAUUGAAGCUCUUCUAGUUGACGCGGAGGAGAAGCAACUGACCGAUCGAGCCGUGAACCUGUGGCUCGACGAUCUCCAGGAUCUGGCAUAUGAUUUGGAUGAUUUAGUGGAUGAGUUCGCCACCGAAGCUUUGCGACAGAGUCUCAAGGCAAAGCCGCCCCAAGCUAGUUCCAGCAAGGUAUGGAAUCCCAUUCCUAAUUUCAAGCCAAGAGAUGUUGUGUUUAAUUUCAAAAUGAGGUCCAAGAUUGAGGGGAUCAAUACCAGAUUGCACAAUAGUUUUGAACAAUGUUCGAAACUUAAUUUGGUUAAGAUUGUUGGAACCACCACACCUACUAAGACUUGGCAAAAACCAAAGUCUACGUCAUUAUUAAAAGAACCUCGCGUUUAUGGAAGAGAAAAGGAUCAAAGAAAGAUAAUUGAGUUGCUUGUAGGUGGAGGUGAAUCAAGCCGUAACAAAGUUGACGUAAUUCCCAUUGUGGGUAUGGGUGGGAUUGGCAAGACCACCCUGGCUCAGAUGGUAUACAACGAUGAAAUCGUGAAGAACCAUUUCGAUCUGAAAGCCUGGGUUUGUGUGUCAGAUGAGUUUGACAUUCUGAAAAUAACAAAAGCAAUUUAUGAUUCAGUCACUUCCCAGACAUGUAGUUCUGAUAACUUGGAUCAAGCUCAAGUUCAACUAAAGCAGGCUUUGGCCGGAAAGAAGUUCUUUAUUGUUUUAGAUGAUGUCUGGAACAAAAAAUACAAUGACUGGAAUGAUUUGAGCAGCCCUUUCAACGAUGGAGCUCAAGGAAGUAAAGUCGUGGUGACUACACGUAGCAGAGACGUUGCAAGAAUGAUGGCAACUGUUGAACUUCAUGACGUUGAGAUCCUAUCAGAUGAAGAUUGUUGGUCAUUGUUUGCACAACAUGCCUUUGAGAAUAGAAGUAUUGAUGCAAAUCCAAAUUUGGUAUCAAUAGGUAAGAAAAUUGUGGAGAAAUGCAAAGGUUUGCCUUUGGCUGCUAAGACACUUAGUGGCCUUUUACGUUGCAAAGAACGAGAUGAGGAAUGGGUAGAUGUAUUGUGUAGUAAAAUAUGGGAUUUAUCACACGCAGAAAGUGACAUCCUUCCAGCUUUGAGAUUAAGUUACCAUCAUCUCCCUUCGCAUUUGAAGCAGUGUUUUGCAUACUGCUCAAUAAUACCCAACGACUAUGAAUUUGAGGAAGAGGAGAUAGUCUUGUUGUGGAUGGCAGAGGGUUUCAUUAUGCAAAAAAGAGAGAAACAAAUGGAAGAUGUAGGAGGUGAUUACUUUCGGGAAUUGUUGUCUAGGUCUUUUUUCCAACCAUCAAGUACUAGUAAACGGACCUUCUUACCAUUUUCCUUAGAAUCUAACAAGGGUUGUCAUGUGGCAAGCAAUGUUCCCCGCAAUCUAUUGCUGAAGCUAAGACACUUAAGGGUGCUCAAUAUGAGUAAAUAUCGCAUCACAGAAGUUCCAAAUUCUGUUGGAGAUUUGAAACAUCUGCGGUAUCUUAACCUAUCCCACACCUCCAUUGAAGAAUUACCUGAAUCACUAGGCUCUCUUUACAAUCUACAAACAUUGAUGUUAAGAGAAUGUAGAAAACUGAAAAAGUUGCCAACAUACUUGGGAAACCUAAUUGACCUACGUCAUCUCGAUACUACAGAUGCACAUUCCUUAGAAGAAAUGCCAUUGGGAAUAGGUAAGUUGGCUAGUCUUCAAACACUGUCCAAUUUCAUUGUUACUAAAAACAAUGGGGAUCAGUUAAGAGAGUUGGGGAACUUAAUUUAUCUUCGGGGGAGGCUUUGCCUAUCUGGGUUACAGAACGUGGUGGUUCCAUUAGAUGCAAGGGAGGCGAAUUUAAUUGAUAAGGAGGGGUUAGAUGUGUUAUCAAUGGAAUGGAGUGUUAACUCAGAUGAUUUACGAGAUGGAAGAGUUGAAACAGAAGUGCUUGAUAUGCUACAACCUCACAAGAAUUUAAAAGAGCUCCAUAUCGAAGGCUACCUUGGUAUAGGAUUUCCGAAUUGGAUAGGAGAUCCUCUAUUCUCCAAUAUGGCUGACCUAAGUUUAGAUAAUUGUGGAAAUUGUGUAUCCUUGCCACCACUCGGACAACUACCCUCGCUCAAAAAGCUUUACAUUAAAGGAAUGAGUGUACUAAAGCAGGUUGGUUGUGAGUUCUACGGGCAAGGUGGUGUUCAACCUUUUCCGCUACUGGAGACUCUAAGCUUUGAGAAUAUGCCAGAAUGGGAGGAUUGGUAUACUUUUGGAGAUCACAAAGAAGUUCAACCAUUCACUCGUGUCAAGUCUCUCUCCAUAAUAAAAUGUCCCAAACUUCUUAAAAUGUUGCCUACUGAUCUACCUUGUUUGAAUAAUCUAGAGAUUAGGGACUGCCCCAAACUCUGCGGAAUGAUGCCCAAGGAUCUACCUUGUUUGAAUAAUCUAAACAUUUCAGAGUGCCCGCAAUUCCUAGUUGAAGGUUCCAGCAUUAGCCUUCCGUCACUCACCUCGAUAGCUAUGAAUGACGUUCCUCUAACAAGCCUUCAAGCGGUCCUUGAGAUGAGGAGCAUGGUUGAUGACGAACUGAUAUCAGCAAAUGCAAAGUCUAAGCAUCCGAGUUCAAUAACUUCCUUGAGCAUUGGGAUGAUUAAGAAACUCAAGCUCUUGCCGAAAUGGGUUACUCAUGGGCUGAUGGAACUCGAAGCAUUGGAGAUCACAUGCUGUGAAGAACUCAAGACAAUGUGGAAGAACGAGGAGAGAGUGCAACACAGUCUGAGUCUCCCUGCAUUCCGGCGUUUGAAAAUUAAAGGCUGCCCCCAGCUUGUUUCUUUGUUUGAAGAAGAUGAGGAUGAAGACAACAAAGGGCAACAUGAGCAGCAGCAGCAGCAACAAGAGGGACUCCCCUGCAUAGUGAGGAGGCUUGAGCAUCUAACAAUAGAUAAUUGUGAAAAGCUGGAGAAACUGCCACGGCUGCUACAUAGCUUCACUUUUCUUGGAGAGUUGUAUGUCUAUAAGUGUCCGAGUCUCAGCUCUUUUCCGGAGACAGGUUUUCCGUGCAUGCUGAAAACACUCAGGAUAGGUGAUUGUGAGGCUCUACAAUCCUUAUUCGGGUGGUCAACACAGAUUAAUGACAGUAAUCUUCAAGUGUUAGAAGUUGGUGAUUGUCCAUCCCUCACAUGCUUGAUAUCGUGCAGAGGUGGGGGGCUACCACCCACACUCAAAGAGCUUGAGAUUAUUCGGUGUAAAAUGUUGGAGGCACUGCUAGUAGUAGAGGAGGGGAUGGAAAUUACCCGUCCAUCUCUUGAGUCUGUUUGGAUCAUUAAUUGUGAUAGGCUCAAAUACUUGCCAGAUGCCCUUCCUAAUAAUAAUAAUAAUAAUAAUAAUAAUCUCAGGAAUCUCAGUCGAUUGUACUUGGAUGGGUGUAAAAAUUUGGAGUACAUUCCGGAAGGAUGGUUCCACUCCACAACAAAUCUGGCAGAUUUGGAUAUCAGGGGAUGCAAAAAACUCAAGGCCCUACCACACGGAUUGCAGAGCAUCAACUACCUCACUUCUCUUCAAUCGCUGGAGAUGAAUAUUUCACAAUGGAACAACAACUUCAAGAAGAUGGGAAUAGUGGGCAUCGGUUAA